GCUCUUAUCUGUUUACUUUUACAGAAACACAAACAGCAGUGAAAGAGGGGACAGAGGGUCAGUACUUGAACCAGAAGAGAGGAAAGAACCGAGGAGCGUCCGACUUUUCUACAAAGGAUGGAACACGUGCUUACUCUGUUUCUGCUGUCUCCAUUUGUUUUUUGUUUUUUUACCAUUGUGACAUCUGAACAAGACAAUGUAUGUUUUAGGCCUGAGAUGGCUGCCAACAUUGAGUCAGAUGGGCUCCAGAGGUACUUUGGCCCCGGUGAGGAGUUAGUGCUGUCCUGUAAACAGGGAUACACCCCCGUGUCGGGCCCUCGGAAGAUUGUCUGCGCUGCCAGUGGAAAAUGGACGACAACUAAAUUCAUGUGCAGACCAAAAAGGUGUCCCUAUCCUGAGCCAGUGCCUAACGGAGAGCUGUACUAUGAGGAUGUAGUUUUCCAGAGUACGAUCAACUACACUUGUGAUUAUGGGUACACCUUGACUGGAGACAGCACUGCUGUGUGCCUUGCCAAUGGAACAUGGAGCACAUCAGUACCGGAGUGCAUUCCUGUGUCCUGUGGUCUCGCUCCAAUUCCACAGUUUGGGAUGAUAAUUUACGACAAGACGAUUAGAGGGAAUACCAUUUCUUACGGUGUCGGAGGGACGUACAGGUGUCUGCCUCCAUACGUAGUUAUUGGCAACGCAAGAGCAGAGUGCACUGUCAGUGGCAACUGGACCAAGACACCUGAAUGUCGAGCGGUGACCUGCCCUCCACCGGAGAACAUUGACAAAGGCUACAUGUCAAGCAACGACCAGAAAGACUAUGACUACAUGGAAACGAUCAAAUAUGGCUGCAAUGGAGACUAUGUACUUGAAGGAAGCUUCCAGAUUGUUUGUCAGCAAAAUGGGAAUUGGUCUGAGAAGCCAUCCUGCAAAGCUCCUUGCAGUGUUGGCAUACAUAAAGCAAGGAUAUUAUACAAAGGACAAAAAAUCUGGAUCGAAGACCUACGUCCUAACAGAGUCUUACACAAAGAAAUUGUCUCAGUCUACUGCAUGAACAAGGCCAGGAACUGUGGUUAUGCAGUUCAAACCCAGUGCACGGAUGGAAAACUCAAAAUCCCUGAAUGCUUUGAGGAGCCCAGCUCUCUGGAUUAUAAAGUUAAUUCAAGUUUACUUCCAUCAGAAAUCACACAGUGCUGAAACAGCUGGAGACCCCUUCUCUGAUUAUUAUUACUGCUGCAAUAUGGAUUAUGAGUUUGUGUGUUCUGGUUGUCAUUGUGGUUUUCUUAUCUCUGUUCAGUCUUCUUGAAAGUAUUCUUUAAAUAAAUAACCACUAGAUUUGUAGGAACCAAAAGCUAUAUUGCGUAAAUGUUUUUCUUUGUGUCCUCCUUGGUUACUAGCAACUGUGUGUGUGUGUGUGUGUGGAGGGGGGGGGGCAUGAUCACAGCCUCAUUUGGAUGCAAUGACAGUGUUGUUGUCAUUACUUAGAAUUCCUCAUGGGUGCCUUCGGUGAUGGUUCACCACCCCCACCCCUCCAUGCAGUUGCUAGUAACACUGUUCAAGAGAAGUAAGGCGACAUCCGUGUCUGACCUCACUCCCUUUUCUGUUUUCAGCGCUCUCCAAAUAUCCGUGUUUGUCUUUGCAGUCGGUCACUUUCUUUUUGCGAUUUUAGACCAAAAAAGAUCUGCUGAACGUGUAGAUCUUUUCUCAGCAGUACAAAUACUGACUGUAACAUUUCGUGGUUUUCAGCCAUGCCUUCACCUGUUGCAGCAGUCCUAUUCGUCUCCAAAGCUGAACGUUGCUGUUGUCCUUUCUCAGCGGUAACGUAAAACACAUCACGCGAGCUUCUGAACGCAAAGUCGCCGGACUACACCAUUUUGUAAACAUAGCCAUACUGAGACACACAGAGAGAGUUUUGUGGAGCUGAUAGGCCUAAUUAGCUUUGUAUCAACUCAUUUGGCAAUGGCUUGAAUGUAAUGGAUGUUCAUUUAUAUAAAAUAGUUGCACACUAUAGCUUUAAAGCACAUUAUAGUUGUGUACUCGCUGUUAAUAACAUGUAUAACAGGAAUAAAAAACAGUCGACAAAACAUGUUGAGCAAACAAAUCCCUUUAAUGAUUAGGCUAUGUAUCUAUAGCCAUACUUGUGUUUCAUACAGAAAUGGAUGCAUGUUGUAAACUGUGCAAAGCACAGUGCAUGAGAGAACAAGAAAGGCAGGCAACUAGCAACUGUGGUUACAACAAUAAAAGAAAUAUGUGAUCAAUUCUA